UAUGUCAGAAUUACCUGAAACAAUCACUUGCACAGAAGAUUUUACUCCCAUGAGGAAAGGUACUUUCAAUUUAAAUCUCUAGGAAUAUUUGUCGAACUCUUUCUUCUCUAUUUAAUAUAUAUGGUUAUUAGUAUUGCAUCAUAUUAUUAAAAUCCUGAGUAAGAAAUAUCUCAACCAGCUUAACAUAAUGAUGGAGCUGCUCCUCCAACUCAAUCUUAAGUAAUUAUAUAAUAAUUUAUAAACAGGUCAAACCUUCAUUAAUCAGCGUAGAAGCAUUGAAUAAAUUUUUCACUAUUUUUUUUGGAUAUCACAUUAUACCUAUUGGAAUGGCAUUAUUAUACUAACCUAGAAUUUAUUCAAUUGUGAUUUGUUAUCUUCAUUUUGUGGGUAUUUAUAUGUAAUAAAUUAGCCUACAUUGUGAUUAUGGUUGCAUAUUAAAAAGAAAAAGAAUCCAUUUUGAAAACAGCAUAUGCUGCAUCAGGCUUAUUUAAUAUACUUCUUAUAUUAGGAGCCAUAGUUGGAUUAUCACAAACAGAAUAUGGAUGUCUUUGAUC